AUACCGGAAAUAAAGAAAAAAAAACAGGUUGUCAUGUGACUAUCAACAUGUCUGCCACACUACCAAGCGAACAUUUCAACAACUUGCAGCUUCUUCUUAAGGCUCCAUCCAAAGAUGCUGUGAAGGACGUUUGUGUGAAAAGUCAUCAAGGUCUUAGUAGCUCACUGACUCAAAGCACAGCCACCACGCUUGCCAUCCCCGAAGCUCAAGCUGCAGAGCUGGUCCACUCACUUCACGUCCUGUCUCAUCACGUCAUCUUCCACAACCUGAACUCCCCCGAGCAGAUCCUCCAUCUUUUCCCUGAGUCAUUCCACUCCAGCCUGAAGAACUUGCUCACCAAGAUCCUUUUGGAGAACAGUGCAGCGUGGAAAACACAAGCAGUCAGUAAUCAGAUCUUCCUCCCCCGGCUGAAGGAGCUGGACUGGAGGGUCGACAUGGUGACAAGCUCAGACUCCGUCAGUCGCAUGUGCGUCCCAACCUGCCUGGUGCAGUUUAAAACAGAGGAGCCGUGUCCUACCGGAGGAGGUCAGUCGGUUGCCGUGGCGACUGUGGAGCUAAGCAGAGAGAGCGUGGACACCAUGCUGGACGGACUGGGACGCAUUCGGGACCAACUGUCUGUGGUCGCUGGCAAAUGAAGGCUUCCUAGGUGACUGCCUGCCAAUGUGUUGGUAUGGUCCAGCCUUAUGUUGACUAAUGCAAAAUAACAGUAUUCUCAGUUUUUUUUAUUCACACCAUUAUAAAAUAUAUAACAUUUAUAGUGCAUGAUUUAUCAUUAAAAAUAAUAUAAAUGUACUAUUUCCUUCAUGGUUUUGCCUGGCCACUUGUUGCUAGGCAGAGUUCAUAGGGCUCAAUCAUAAUUACCCCUCAAGCCCCCCCAAAAAACAUAUACCAAGUUUGCCCACCAGAUUGUGUGGGUGACUUCAAGACACUAGCACAGUGAUGCCAUCCAUGUCCAGCUCAACUGUGUGAACGCUGAAGUUUCCCAGACCCUGGAAACAACCACACGGCACAUUUGGCACCAAAAUAAAUACUAUACUAAUUGUAA